CUCACCUCAGUUUCCUCUCUCAAACCUCUCUCCCAAAUCCGUCCAAAAAUGGAGAAGACGGUUUCAGUUCCAAUCACUUAUUCUUGCUCGAAAGAUCACCAGAAGAUCUAUCAGUAUUGGUUCAACUUCGCCGACUCAGACGGCGAUGGCCGCUUGACUGGAAAUGAUGCUACGAAAAUUUUCGCCAUGUCCAAUUUGUCUAGGCCUGAACUCAAGCAGGUCUGGGCAUUAGCCGAUUCCAAAAAGCAAGGUUUCCUUGGUCUGACGGAGUUUAUCACUGCAAUGCAGUUGAUAGCUCUUGCACAAGAAGGUCAUGAAAUAAACUCAGCUCUCCUUAAAAACGCAGCUGUCUUGGAAAGUCUGAAUCUCCCUGUGAUGGAAGGUUUGGCUGCAUUACAGGCCAAGACCAACGUAUCACCAGUCAAGGAAAAGCUUGAAGGAAAUGGAACUGCUGAACUGCAGUCCAAUCCCCUAGUCAAAUUAUCUAAAAGAAAAUCUGCAAAGAAGUCCCUGAGUUCCGUUGCCCCUGUUACUUCUGUCACUGAUGGCUUGAAAAGAUUGUACAAUGAAAAGCUAAGGCCUUUGGAAGUUACCUACCAUUUCAAUGAUUUUGGGUCGCCAUUACUGACAAAUAGUGAUUUUGACGCCAAACCAAUGGUCAUGCUUUUGGGCCAAUAUUCAACUGGAAAAACCACAUUUAUCAAACACUUGCUUGGGUGUAGUUAUCCAGGAGCUCAUAUUGGACCAGAACCAACUACUGAUCGUUUUAUUGUUGUUAUGUCUGGACCAGAUGAGAGAAGCAUUCCUGGCAACACCAUUGCUGUUCAUGCAGAGAUGCCAUUUACUGGCUUGACAACUUUUGGAGGAGCCUUUUUGUCCAAGUUUGAGUGUUCCCAAAUGCCACAUCCUCUGCUUGAACAUAUAACUUUUGUGGACACUCCUGGGGUUUUGUCUGGGGAGAAGCAGCGGACACAACGUAGUUAUGAUUUUACCGGCGUUAUCUCAUGGUUUGCUGCAAAAUGUGAUAUGAUACUCCUGCUUUUUGACCCACACAAAUUAGAUAUCAGUGAUGAAUUUAAACGCGUCAUCUCGUCUUUACGUGGUAAUGAUGACAAGAUACGUGUUGUUUUAAACAAAGCUGACCAAGUAGACACGCAGCAAUUGAUGAGAGUAUAUGGUGCAUUAAUGUGGUCCCUUGGGAAAAUUUUGAAUACCCCAGAGGUGGUGCGUGUCUAUAUUGGCUCGUUCAAUGACAAGCCAGUUAAUGAAGAAGCAGUAGGUCCAAUUGGAAAUGAUCUUUUUGAGAAAGAGCAAGAUGACCUUCUGGUGGACUUGAUGGACAUUCCUAAAAAAGCUUGUGACCGACGGAUCAAUGAGUUGGUUAAACGUGCACGUGCUGCUAAAAUCCAUGCUUACAUAAUGAGCCAUCUCAAAAAGGAGAUGCCUUCAUUGAUGGGCAAAGCCAAAACUCAGCAGCGACUGAUUGAUAAUCUGGAGGAUGUAUUCGCAAAGGUCCAAAAAGAGUUUCAUCUACCAGCAGGAGAUUUUCCGAGUGUGGAGCACUUUAGGGAGGUCCUAAAAAGUGGGUACAAAAUUGAUGAUUUUGAGAAGAUGAAGCCUAAGUUGAUUCAGGUUGUAGACGAUAUGUUGGGUUAUGACAUUCCAGAGCUCCUGAGAAACUUUAGGAAUCCUUACGAGUAAAGUUGUGGGCGAUUAAAUUUUACUUCAAGAUGUCUUGAAUUGUAAAACUUGUCGCUGCUUAGUGUCAUAGCACAUAUCUACAAAAUCGAAUCAGUUAUAUUAUACUA